AUGGAAAUUACAAAUGAUAUCGAAUUUCAAAAAAAAUUGCAAUUAAAAAGAUGUAGAGAAAGUAGGGAAUCAAUAAUAAAAGAGAUAGGUUAUUCUGAUGAGUUUAAUCCAUUUGGAGAUAAUAAUUUGUCACUUCCAUUCAUUUGGGAAAAAAAACUUGAACAAGAAAAGAAAGAUCAUUCUUUUGAAUUAAAAUGUAAUGCUUAUCCUUGGUAUCAAUUUGGAAUUUGCCCAAUAAAUACUGCUGAGAUUAUUGAAAUAAAAAAAAGAAGGGAAAAUUUUGAAGAAAAGUCAAUGACUAGAAAUGUUUCUAAAGAUUGCUUUGAUUUUGACAAAUGGAUUGAAAAUGAAAAGAAAUUCGAAAAAUUACAGUUACAAAGCUCAUCAAUUAUAAGAGUAAAGGAACAUAGAGAAAAUUUAUUUGAUAUAUUAUUCUGGAAAAUUCUAAUUUAUUCAUAUUUUAAAGGAAAUUUAUCAUUUUCAUCUUCUAUGUUUUCAUUAAUCAAGACGGGGCUUGACGCUUCUAUACCCUACCUAAGUUCUUUAAAACAUAAAAAAUUAUUUCAGAUACUGGAUGAGAUCUUUAUAACUCGUACGGAUGAAUCUAAUCGUUGUAUCUCGGAAUUAAUUCAAAUUGUUAAUAACCAUAAGCAACUGAUAAAUACUAAUACAGAUAUUUUAUUAAUUCCAGAGUGGGAAGAUAUACUUUACGGUUUGGAGAUAUUAUUAAAAUCGAUCAUGAAUAAAUUGAAUAAAUUUGAUGAUUUUUGUAAAAUUGAGGAUCCAGAAAUCAAUCAAAUAUUGGAAAAAAAGGAAAUUGACGAGUUAAAAGAUAUACUAUUUCAAUCUCUGGAAUUAGCAGAUGAAGAAUAUUGGAAAAGAGUUGUAGUUAUUACAAAGAUAAGAAUAUGUAGAAUAAAUGUUGAAAAUGUUGAAAAACUUUACCAUGAAUACUUUGAAGAAUGGGCCAAUUCACUUAUUUCUAAGUAUAAUAUUGUUAUUCACGAAAGAAACAAUAGUUAUAAAAAAGUUUCCUCGAACUGCAAUUUAGCUAUUGAAGAAUCGCAUAACCAAAAUGAAGAUCACGAAAAAUUUGAUCAACUUAUUGAUCUACCUAUAAUAGAAUUCUCCCCAUCUAAAGAUAAUUACGCAAAUAAUAGAAAGAGGCACAAAAUGGCGCAGCUAAUGUUGCCAUAUGUAUACUCAAUAAUAAAAGCAAGGUAUUACUGGAAUCAGUACAACAAAAACUACUAUUCGAAUGAAACUCUUCCCCCAAAGAUCAUUCAAGGAUACAAAUUCAAAAUUAAAUAUCCGCUUUUGAGUAUGCCAGAAAAUGCCGGUAUUGUUCCUAGGUGGUAUAUAACAACAAAAAAAAAGUAUCUUGAGAAAAAUGAGUUAUUAGUAACAAACGAAGAAGCCCUUUUAAAGGUUCAGGAGGAUAUAAUAUUUUGUGAAAAUCAAGUUUCUGUUAAAGACAAGCUAUUAAUAAUUACAUGUGAUAAUCGAAUUUAUAAAGAUGUGGGAUUUUCAAUUAUUGAUAAAGAGUGGGACUUAAAUCCAAAAAAUGGAUUUAAAAGUUAUUUUGAAAAUUCUACUUUACACCUGAAUUUUAAUUUUAAGCAACCCAAAUAUAAAAGAUGA